AUGAGCGCCACGAUCCCCCAAGUACUACAAGCGCUCACAGCGUUGUAUUCUGCUCCCGAUCUACAAGCAAAGAAAUCCGCUAAUCGAUGGCUUGACAAUUUCCAGAAGCAGCCCGAGGCAUGGUCUGCAGCAGAUUUUCUACUAGAGUCGACUGAUUACAAUACGGAGGCACGCCUUUUUGCCGCACAAACUUUGCGAACAAAGAUAGUUUAUGACCUACGGGAUCUUGAUGAGCCUGCACGACUUUCGUUACGGGAUUCACUAGUGGAGCGACUCAAAAUUUCAGUCUCAGGACCCAAAGUCAUCACGCUACAGCUGUGCCUAGCUUUGGCUGAUCUUGCAAUCCAAAUCCCAAGCUGGACUACUGCGAUCCAAGAUAUGGUCAAUAAGUUUGGCGGAUCAAUGGAUAUGAGCAUUUGCGUAAUCGAGUUCCUAAGAGUGCUCCCCGAAGAAUUGAAUGGAAAUAGCCGUAUACCUCUUUCGGAUAGCCAAUUCAAGGAGCAAAGCAUGAGUCUCGUACAAAAGAAUGCCGAGGAAGUAAUGAAGAUCCUUCUUAUGUAUAUGCAAGCUAGCGCUGGCAAUACCAGCAUUCUGGAAUGCGUGUUCCAAGCGCUUUCGAGCUGGCUCAGAACUGGAGACGUAGGCACAGGAUUUUUAUCAGAAAGCCCGUUGAUUGGAUUGGCAUUUGGAGCAUUGGAAAACCCAGAGCUAUUCGAUGUUGCUGUCGAUUUGAUUUGUGAGAUCAUGUACGAGACGCGAGAUGUAAACGAAUCCCGUGAAACGAUCCAGGCUAUCUAUACCCUUAUUGUCCCACUAUUGGCGAAGCUCAAAGAAGCUAAAAAUGAAGAGGACAGCGAUACAGUACGUGGCUAUUGUCGUCUAUUUGUGACAGCAGGAGAAAUCUACGUUCCUUUGAUCGUGCAGCAUCCGGCAUCACUCGAAGCACUUUUGGAUGGUGUGAUGGAAUGUACAUCUUACAGCGACCUUGAAAUUGUUCCAAUCACUUUCAAAUUCUGGUAUGAGCUUACCGAUACGCUCAAAAGUCCUCGAUUUCAAUCUGCGCUACCAGCACUUGUUGGGUACUUUGACAGACUUGUGGACAUCAUGAUUAUGCAUCUUCACUAUCCCGACGAUUCCCAUUCUUGGACAGCUGAAGAGCGUGACGAUUUCCGAGACUUCAGACAUGAAAUGGGUGAUACUUUGAAGGAUUGUUGCCAAAUACUAGGUGCUGAGAGAUGCCUGGAGAAGCCAUUCAUCAAAAUUAAGACGUUGCUCGAUCAAACAGAACCUGUACCAUGGCAACAACUAGAGGCGCCUAUUUUUUCUUUGCGGGCCAUGGGAUCUGAAGUACCAGAAUCUGAAGAAAAAGUUAUGCCACAGAUAUUGGAGCUAUUAUCCAGACUACCUGAUCAUCCCAAAAUCCGUUAUGCAGCGACACUGGUCAUCUCACGAUAUUCAUUCUGGACACGACUACAUCCACAGUUCAUUACUUAUCAGCUCAAUUUCAUCUCAGCUGGUUUUCAGAACGAUGAAGUGGCCGCGGCAAGCGCUUUGGCACUGAAAUAUCUUUGCAAGGAUUGUAGCGAGCUACUAGUAGAUUACGUAUCUGAUCUUCAUCCAUUCUACACAAGCAUCAUACGUAGCCUUCCGUUUAGUGAUGCGCUUGAUGUGACCGAAGCUGUUGCACAUGUGCUUGCUGCGGUUCCAAUUGCAAACAUGCAGGAUACACUACAGCAUUUCUGCUUGCCGCUAGCCCAGGACUUGCACACGAUCGUAAUGAAAGACAAAGCUUCAAUUACACGCGAAGAUUCAGUUCGAGUUGGAGAUUUGUUGGAUGAAAUCGCGGUUUUCUUGGAAAUAAUCCAUCCUGACAUUCCUCUUGGUCAACCUCAUCCAUGUGUCAACUUUGUGAACGAGUUAUGGCCUGUGUUUGAUCUGUGCUUGGAUAAGUUUGGCGACGACAUGCCCGUAUGCGAACAACUAGGCAAAUGCUUCAAGAACUGCGUGCAAUCCUACAAGCUUCACUUUUUGCCGUUACUACCCCAGUUAAUCGAGCGGAUAACAAGUGGAUUUGAGUGCAGCGGUUUGAGCGUGUACCUGUAUGUGGCUCAUAAGAUUGUCAAGGAAUAUGGUUCAGGUGGCCCAGAAAAUGCAGCAGGCUGUUUCGGUCUUGUAGAACGUAUGAGCGCAAUUAUGUUCUCGAAGGCGAGUGAAAAGCAGUUUCAAGACAUGCCCGAUGUGGUAGACGACUAUUUCCGGUUGAUCACAGAAAUGCUGAAGAUUAUACCAACCAAUCUCAUUCAAAGCCCAUUGUUGGCAUCAAUCUUCCAAGGUGGUCUUGUUGGUUUAUCACUUGAUGAAAAGAACGCCCUUGGUUCUGUGGUCGCAUUUUAUCGUCAGUUAUUGGAUAUUGCAGUACCGGUGAACCACCAUCGUGCAUCAGAUAGCUCCGUAGCCGAAUCAGCAGCCGCCGAUCAGAACGCCAACAUAGUUACGCAGCUCUUCCGUGAAUGUGGGAGUACUUUCUUCAAUAUCUUAUUCCAAGGAUUAAUCUCGCAUUACAACUGGGAUAUCAUUCCGGAGGUAGCCAGCAUUUUAAAAACUCUCUCGCAAAUCCUCCCAAAGGAAUCAAGCGAAUGGAUCGUUUUCAUGGUUACAAAUAUCCCGGAAGAGACAAUAUCGGCAAACAUGAAAAAUGACUUCCUUCAAAGCUAUGUGAGUGCGGUGCAAGAAAAACAUUGGGCGAAGGCACGUCGUGUGUUAUCGGAUUUCAUCGUUGCAUAUAGAAGGAAGAACACCGUGCAAUCUAGAAAAGAGUAG